AUGCUCAGUGCCGUCGCGGCUCGAAAAGCGCGUUUAGAGGGAAAGCAGGUCGUGCAGGUCGUGCCACGGACACCCGCGAAGCCAGCCAUUGUCGCCGAUGAGUCUCCAAAACUGGUCUCGCCUCCGUCAAAACGAAAGCCCAGCGAGAAUGCAAGCAAGCCUAUUAAGAAGAAGAGGAAGAAGGCUCAGCAACCCGCGCAAGACACCCCGCCUCGUUACUUCAACGAGGACGCGUUCAAGACACAACAAGAUGUCAUUGUCGUCGCUGAUGACUCGGACGACUCCGAGGAAGGCUUUACUGGUGAUGCGUUCGUCGCAGAGGCGGACAUGACAGUGGACAACGCCGACGCUACGAAUACUGCAACUCCCGCAACCAAGGCCCGGCGACGCCGAGCUUGGUCACCCAGUGCUCCGCUACGAGACUCUUCUGACGAGGAAGACGAUGAAUUGCUCGAUGAUGAAUCGGCACCUCCACCGGUCGUUAUACCGGUUGCAGGACCGUCGAAAUUGGUACCCAAGGUACUCUCGACGUUCCAACCCGUCCUGGACCAAAAUAUGUUCUACCUCACGCCAGAAGACAUUCAAAUACUUGACUUGCCAUCGCCAUCGUUACAAUGUGACAACACAGGGACACUUAUUGUGCUCCAUCCCUCGAACUCGCUCGCUCUUUUGGGAACGUACCGAUUGACCGUCCUGCAAGGCGCGGUAUCCCUGAUGGGCAGCGUCCUCACCGCGUCGCGCACAUGUCAUCGCGUCUUUGCCCCUCGUUCCUCACCCAUCCCUGUGCUUAGGAGUAUCGCAGCCAGCCUUAAUGGCCCACAGUCAGCGAUGCCUGACCGUGUUCGAUCAACGCUUGGCCCCGGAGCUACAGUGGUAUUGCUGCAGGAGUUGCAGACCGGCGUGGAACGACUGGGUACAGUGUGCCGCACAUUUGAGGGUGUGUUUUCGCCGUCGCGGUCUCAAAGCAAGAUGCCUACCGUCGAACUGAAUCUUCGCGGCGUCUACAUGCUUCAGGCUGAGACAUCUGACACUUCGCCGUUUAUCAUGCCACCGUCUUGGGAUGCAACCAUAUCUUCUAUGGUCGACCAUAAUGCGAACCCGCAGGAGAUGAACUAUCCAAGAUCCGUGUAUCUCGUCAAAGGUCCAAGGAAUACGGGCAAGAGUACCUUCGGGAAAGUGCUCCUGAACGCACUCCUAACAAGAUAUCGCCGCGUCGCAUUCCUUGAAUGUGAUAUGGGUCAGUCCGAGUUCACUCCGGCAGGCAUGGUAGCUUUGAACAUACUGGACGCCCCCGUAUUUGGUCCGGCAUUCACUCAUCCGUGCCUACCCUAUGCGUCUCACUUCGUCGGAGCGACGUCUCCGAAGUCAUCCCCGUCCUACUACGUCGAAUGUGUCCAAGCUCUCAUACAAGCAUACAACCUUGACAUUCAGCACGGGGCACUUCUCAACGACAAUGACGACAAGGGUACAGACAAUAGGCUCUCCGACAUCAUACCUCUCGUCGUGAACACCAUGGGCUGGUCGCGCGGGCUCGGCUCCGAUUUGUCGCUCAAAAUAGAGGAGACGGUCGAACCAUCCCAGAUUUUCGAGCUCGAAGCGCCCCAAGGCGAUGAUGCAUAUCCCACGUAUCCGCCCUUCGAUAGUGCCGACGCCCACGCGUCUCAUGGCCUUGGCGGUUUGGACAGAGUACGUCGGCUCGAAGCCGUCGCUCCGUGCUCCGCGUCCAGCUUCUUCACUGCCGCAGAUCACCGCACUUUGUCCGUCCUCUCGUACUUCCACGCCACGUUCGCUGCACCUUCCUCUUCCCCGCCCGCUUCGCAAGAUGCUCCAGUAUCGUCGCCAUCGUCGUCUUCUGGUUCGGCAGCCAGCUGCAUCGCACGAGCGUGGGACGUCUCUCUACCACUCUGCGCUCAGCUUCCGUACGAAGUCGACUGUAAAGUCGCGUUUGACCACAUCGCCCUGGUCGGCGCUGGCAUGGAGGAUGUGGUGCCCUCUGAACUUGCUCAAGUACUGAACGGAGCAAUAGUUGGCUUGGUACAGUGCGAACCCGGGACUAUGGAUGACCUAGCAAGCGAUUCAGCCUCGCCUGCCCUCGCCCUCGCGUAUAGACAGGGAAACCCUCCUCCAUCACCAUUCUCCUCGAAGUGCUGCGGGCUCGCUCUCGUGCGGGCCAUCUCUCACUCUGCGACGGGGACGCUGAUGCAUCUCCUUACCCCCGUCCCGCCCGAGCAUCUCGCUCUCGUGCGCGUCUUGGUCAAGGGCGAGCUGGAGCUUCCUGUGUGGGGGAUGCUCGACUUCCGGAAUACGCAGGGCGACGUCGCUGGCGUCGAGCGCGACAAAGUGCCCUUCCUGCGUUGGGGCAAGAGCGAGGCCGCAGGUGCAGAAAGGAGACGUGUACGAAGAAAUCUCAUGCGGAGAGGUCAGAUGUAG